CCCCUCCCUCCCGGGACGCCCGACGGCACUGGCGGUGGAGCGAGCACGGAACCUGGAGUCCUCCGCUGGCAGGGCCCGGCCUCCGGACGGAGAGGCGAGAGGUCUCUGGAUGUUCCAAGUGGAGACCCUCUGCACCCCCCGGCCCGGACCCACAGCCGACUCCGUGCCCCCUUCAGGCCCCUUCUUCGCCUAGGGCAUGGGCACCCCUGAUGCUGGCUCUGAAGCCAAAGUCCUGGCUCCGGUGGCUGUGUACUGUGGCAGCAUCCCCCGGCCAGGAGCCGGGCCCCGGGUGGUCCCUGGAGGAAGCCUCGAUGCCAGCCAGCAGCCCCGUGCAGAAGCCUCCCUCCAGCCCUCUCCCGGUGUCCUGCCGGAGAAGCAGCUGCCUCCUGGCCCCACUGACCCCGGCCACCUCCAGCCUGCUGUAUCCCUGAAGGACUGGCCGGCCAGGAAUGGCCACCCCAGGAGCCUCGGGGCUCUGCCUCUGGGGCCGCCCGCCCUGGACUGGGAGUCGGAGGCCCACAGCGUGGCCCGGGACACCAUCCAGAUCAAGGACAAGCUCAAGAAGAGGCGGCUGUCCGAGGGCUUGGCGGCGUCCGCCCGAGUCUCUCUGGAGCCUCUGGGAGGCCCCAAGGGGGUUCCCCUUCGGAGCACCAUCCCCCGGGCCACCUCCCAGAGGCUGCUGCGGGCUCCCAGGCCCAUGCCUCCCAUCCAGAGCAUCCCCACCACCCCUGAGGCCACCGCAGCCAAAGAGAAGCCCUUGGACCCGCCGCCUGGCAGCCAGAGCCGUCCUGAUGCCCAGGAGGUGCAGAUCUCGGGGCAGUACCUGCACUGCAAUGACGAGAAGAUGCACAAGUCUCUGGGGAGCCUGGUGAUCCCCCCGAUCCCCAAGGCUGGGCUGCCCACGGCCUCCUCCUUCUGCCCACCCGGCUCCUUCCCCGCCUUCCUGUCUCCAGCCCAGGACGCCCUCCUCACUGGCCUGAGGGCGCCCUCCACACGAUUGUCUCGGGACAGCGGGCCUCGGGAGAAGACCCCUAAGUCUCUGGAGCACAAAGCUUUGACCCUUCCUGGCAGAGACAGAUCUGCCGCCCCCGAGAAGCCCGCCCUGUCUUCAUCCCAGUCUACGCCGACGCUGACAACCUUUGCCUUCAGUCAUGCCAAAGACGCCCACGCCCAGCUCAGAGAAGAGGACCAAGGAAAUGGUGCCAAGGUCCAGGUCACCAUCUCCAGGUCAGCCCAGGAGAAGAUGCGGCUGAAGCAGAUGAAGGAGAUGGAGCUGCUGCGGAGGGCCAGGGAGCCGGACGGGGCACGGGAGCUGGCCGCCCAGGGCCUGGCCUCCCGGAGGACUCUGACGAAGGAAGGCCUCCUUCCCCUCCGCGGCAGCGGGACCCAGUCCCUGCCCACAAGGAUGAGCAGUCCCCACAGAAACACCUUCGGGCUUGCUCUGAGGAGACGAGCCAACCGCGCCUCCCUGCCCAGCAUCCCCGUGAGCAAGCAGGAGCCCAGCUUCGCCCGCCACGCCUCAGCGAACUCGCUACCUGCCGUGCUGACUUUGGGGUCUCCCGAGUGGGAGGAAGAAGAGGAGCUGGAGCUGAGAGGUUGUAAGGAGUGGAGGCCUUUCUCGAACCCGGAGCUGGGGCUGACGGACGCCCUCCAGUGCCUGGACAGCAGUGACUGGCGGACGAAGGAGAAGGGCCUGGUGAGUGUCCAGCGCCUGGCGGCCUGCCACGCGGAGGUGCUCACCGUGAGACUGCACGACGUGUCCUUGGCCGUGAGCGGGGAGGUCACCAACCUCCGCUCUAAGGUGUCCCGCUUGGCCAUCAGCACGCUGGGCGACCUCUUCCGGGCCCUGAAGAAGAACAUGGACCAGGAGGCCGAGGAGGUGGCCCGCUGUCUCCUGCAGAAGAUGGGCAACAGCAGCGAGUUCAUCCAGAGGGCCGCCCACAGCUCGCUGGGCGCCAUGGUGGAGCACGUGACUCCCGCCCGUGCCCUGGUGGCCCUCACCUCGGCCGGCGUCUACCACCGGAACCCCUUAGUCCGAAAGUGCACGGCGGAGCACCUGUCGGCCGUCCUGGAGCAGAUCGGCGCCGAGAAACUUCUGUCGGGCACCAGGGACAGCACCGACAUGCUGGUGCACAACCUGGUGAGGCUGGCGCAGGACUCCAACCAGGACACCAGGUUUUAUGGGCGGAAGAUGGUCAACAUCCUGAUGGCAAACAGCAAGUUUGACACGUUUCUGAAGCAGUCCCUCCCGUCACAUGACCUGCGGAAGGUCAUGGCAGCCAUCAAGCAGCGGGGAAUAGAAGACUACGAUGAGCCUCCAUCUGCCAAAGGCCACAAGACGUUGUCAAGGAGUCUGGUGUUCGAGAACGGGCUGUCCGGGGAGCACAGGCUCAGCUCCCACGGCCCCCCGCUGAUGGGGCUGCGUUCCUCCGUGCGGGCCGGCGUGGAGAUGGGGGAGGAGCUGCAGGAGCUGACGCGGCUGCUCGAAGCCAAGGAGUACCAGGCCCGGAUGGAAGGCGUGGGGAAGCUCCUUGAGCACUGCAGGGCCAAGCCAGAGCUCAUCUCGGCCAACCUGAUCCAGGUUUUUGAUGCCUUCACCCCAAGGCUUCAGGAUUCCAACAAGAAAGUGAACCAGUGGGCGCUGGAGUCUUUUGCCAAGAUGAUCCCCCUCCUCAAGGAGAGUUUACACCCUAUGCUGCUCUCCACACUCAUCGCUGUCGCCGACAACCUCAACUCCAGGAACUCAGGGAUUUACACGGCGGCGGCCACCGUGCUGGACGUCAUGAUGAAGAGUCUGGACAACAUCUGCCUCCUACAAGCGUUUUCUGCCCGGGUGCGUUUCCUGAGUGGCCGUGCACUGCUGGACGUCAUAGAGCGCCUCUCAGCGCUGGUGGCCUCAGUUUACCCCCGAAAGCCGCAGGCUGUGGAGCGCUAUGUCCUUCCGGUCCUCUGGUACUUCCUGAGCAGCAUGUCUGGGACUGGAAUCCUGCGUGGCCCAGGGGGGCACAUCCGCUCCGUGGCUGUGGCACAGCUAAGUAGGAGCCUUCAGGAGCUCAUGGGACCCCGACUGCAGGACUUGGCCGCCUGUCAGCCAAAGCCCAUCCUCAAAGUGCUCCAGGAAGUCCUGGAUGUGGAGCCCCUGGGAGGCCGCCUCCGGGCCAGCAUCCGAGGGCCGGGCACCCACAGCCAGACCAUUGGCAGCUCACGCCCCUUUCAGCUGGAAUAAAGAGAUUGG